UUUUGGAUUUUAGGCUAAGGAUUAUGACUACAAACAUGUAGCAAUAUCAACAAGAAAAGAAACCUUUUUCUAUUUUUUAUUUUAUUUUAUUUCUUUAUUGAUAUUUUUCUUUUUCUCUCUUUUUAAAGAAAAAUUUAGAAAGGAAUUAAUUUACUCUAAAGAACUAUGAACAAUGGAACAUCAAACCAACAAAACUUAGAUCAGCAAUUUGCUGGUAUGAGUCUUAAUAAUAAUAGUCAACCUGCGGGUCGUUAUGUUCCCCCUCAUUUGAGAAAUCAAGUUAAUCGUGCAGAGCGAUCCAACAAUGAGAGCCAAGAACAUCCUGCUCCUAGAACAAAUGGCUGGAAUGAUUGGAAUGGAAGUGGAAGUCGCAAUAAUGGAGGUGGUUGGAACUCCUCUUAUUCAGAUAUGCCUCGUGGUGGUUACAGUAGAUAUGGAGGUAAUCGUAAUGAUUUUUAUGAACGUGGUUCAUAUGGUGGUUAUCGUAAUAACCGCCAAGAUUAUGGCUACCAACGUCGUGAUGAAACACAAGGUUAUUGGAAGAAUGGUGUUCAUCAUAUUGGUAAUCGUAAUCCUCGUACUGAAAAAGAACUUUUUGGUACUCAAGAUGAUGCUUUAACUCAACACACUGGUAUUAAUUUCGAAAAAUAUGAUGAUAUUCCUGUCGAAAUCAGUGGUCAUGACUGUCCUGAAUGCAUUACAAGUUUUACUGCUCCUCCUAUGGAUCCUCAUUUGUUGAGCAAUAUUGAACUAGCUAGAUAUACAACUCCUACUCCUGUUCAAAAAUACUCUAUUCCUAUUGUUAAUGCUGGUAGAGAUUUGAUGGCUUGUGCUCAAACUGGUUCUGGUAAAACAGGUGGUUUCCUUUUCCCUGUCUUUUCCGAACUCUUUUCAAAGGGUCCUCUUACUCCUCCUGAAGAUCAUAGUCAGGGUUAUCGUCCUCGUAAGGCUCAUCCUCAAGUUUUAAUUCUUGCUCCUACUCGUGAAUUGGUUUCACAAAUCUAUGAUGAAGCUAAGAAGUUUGCUUAUCGUUCUUGGGUAAAGCCUGCUGUUGUUUAUGGUGGUUCUGAUAUUGGUGCCCAAAUUCGUACUCUUGAACGUGGAUGUGAUUUAUUAGUUGCAACCCCAGGUCGUCUUGUAGAUUUGAUUGAACGUGCCCGUAUUUCUCUUUCUAUUGUUCGUUUCCUUGUCUUGGAUGAAGCGGAUCGUAUGUUGGAUAUGGGUUUCGAGCCUCAAAUUAGACGUAUUGUUGAAAAGGAAGAUAUGCCUCGUGUUGAAGAUCGUAUCACUCUUAUGUUCUCUGCUACUUUCCCUAGAGAUAUCCAAUACUUGGCUCGUGAUUUCUUGAAGGAUUAUAUUUUCUUGACUGUAGGCCGUGUAGGCUCUACUUCAGAAAAUAUCACUCAAAAGAUUGAAUACGUUGAAGAUGAAGAUAAACGCUCUGUUUUACUUGAUAUCCUUCAUUCCGGUGAUCAGUCUGGUCUCUGCUUGAUUUUCGUUGAAACUAAGCGUAUGGCUGAUUCCCUUUCUGACUUUUUAUUAGACCAUAACUUCCCUGCUACUGCUAUUCAUGGUGAUCGUACUCAACGUGAACGUGAAAGAGCUUUAGAGUCAUUUAGAACAGGUCGUACCCCUAUUAUGGUUGCUACUGCUGUUGCUGCACGUGGUUUAGAUAUUGCUAACGUUUCUCAUGUUAUUUCUUAUGAUUUACCUACUGAUAUUGAUGAUUAUGUUCAUCGUAUUGGUCGUACUGGUCGUGCCGGUAACACUGGUUUGGCUACUGCAUUCUUCAAUCGCAAUAAUAAAAACAUUGUUAAUGGUUUGAUUAGCAUUUUAGAGGAAGCUAAUCAAGAAAUUCCCGAAUUCUUGGAAUCUAUUGCAAGAGAAACCCGCUCUUCUGGUGGCCGUGGUCGUGGCCGUGGUCGUGGUGGUAGCUCCUUUGGUGGCAAAGAUUAUAGAAAGAUCAAUAAUGAUUGGUCUUCUAACAGUGCUCCUCGUGAUACAGGAUUCCCUCCUUUAGGUGCACGUCCUUCUUAUAACAAUAACAGUAACCAUACCGGUAAUGGUAAUGUCCCUCUUCAAUAUCAAACUAAGACCAGUUGGUUCUAAACGACUUUAAAAGAAAAAGAUAUUUGUUUCCUUUAAUAUGUUUGCUUGCUUGUUUUUUUUAUAUUUUCUUUCAUUCUUCACGCUUUUUUUAUAUUAUAGAUUUUGAAUAAUUUACAUUUUUAAAAAAAGCGGUUCAAAAAUUUCUAUUCUUUUUUUUUUUUUUUUUUU